UGAAUUCCUAUUUAUCACAUAUAGCUCAACCACAGAAUACAAGCGUAUGCACAUAGCAAAUUUUGAAACAGCUUAUGAAGUGCGGAUUGGCUGUAAAGUUCAUUUUAUAUAACCUACCAAGACAGGUUAUCUACGAAGUUAACUAUAACUGACGGUAUUUUGUCUUCAUUCCGUAGUGUACCAACACGAGAUAUAAUAAUACUGUUAAAUCCGCUCUUCCUAGUCCUCUCACGGCCCUUAGACGCUGGCGCCAUCUACGGUGGAUUAGGGAAUUCGAGCUCCGUUUGGCAGAAACUGUUUGAGAGCGGGGUGGUUAGUUAAUUCGUUCUCUUUUUGCCGGCAGUGCCAACCGUGGCACUCUGCUAUAUGACGCAUGGUCUUCGGGCAAUGGUCAAUAGUACAUACAGCAGCACUAGUAGUGGGCAGAGUCUUUCCUACUCUUACCACCCGAUCUGAAUAGCGAGAGAGCGACUGAGCGACGGCCUUCCCGACUACCUGUGUCCUCUCAGAGCUCUCUUUCGAUCGGUUUGGUCCUCUUCAUCACUGUGUCCGCUGUUCUGCGUUGACGCGCUCUGCGAAGCCGCCCUUUCUUUCUAGCCAGUCAGCGAGCGACUCUCCGACAUAGUGAGUCUACGAAAAGGCUCCUCGACAAAGAACGAGAGAGUGAGGUUUGCUGGUGGUGUACAGUACGCAAUAGUUCUCCGAGGUUGAAAGCGACGGCAGCAGCAGCGAUCGCAGUGGUAGUGACUGGGUCCAACCAAUCGCUGGAGCCGACUCUGGAGGCUUGAGUAGACUCUGUGUUCGGACACUCGCAGACAUUGGCUCCGGGUGUAGGUCUGUACACCUCCUCCGUGUGCAAAUACGCAUGUACGGAGGACCUGAGAGCGCAAUCGUUCCUGGUUGCGACCGCUCCUGGGCGCGUUGAACCUCCACGGACUACAAUUGCUAGCACCACUAUUGUCGCCACUGCCGGUAGACCGUCUCCUCCUAAGCCCAUGACGGCCUGCCACCCUCAGCACCAGAGCUUGCCAUCCACACACACGCACGUACACUUCUUUUAUCCUUAUCAUCAUCAUAGCCGUAUGAUCCUUUCUCAAAAACUGUCUAUGUGUUUAGUAUGCUGGUCUGUGGUGCACGUUCGACAUCGACGAGGACAACUCAAUUAACCUAAGGACACUGUGCCUUCUCUUUUCGACUUGCUGUAUCCUACUGCAGUCUUCUUCCGCGGCCAGUCCUGACCUGUCUAGUACCUCUGCGACACAGUAAAUCAGUGUGCGUAUCCUGUGCGCGGUGGCAAGUGACUGCAUCCGUCAAGAAGACGUUAAAGACCGCAACAAAGUGAAGGUGCUUUCUUUUGACAGCAGGAGUAACAAAUACCGAAUGCAGAAAGGGAAUAUAUUGAAAGAUUAUCUACAAACAAGGUGCUUCUAUUCUUCUCUCGAUACGUUGACGGUGUUCGACCUUCGUUGAUAGGAGUGCGUGAAAAAACAUGCACGUUAGAGGACUGGACGGUUUCGCUAGCCAGGUGCAAUCAUCGUCAAAAAGUUAAAGAAUUUGGAUGCCUUCGUGUUGAUCUGCGUAGUGUAAAGGCCCUAUUGGGGCCCAAUCGGCCGCCAAAAUUGCUCUCAAAAUGCCAGCGGUCAGGGGGGAUGGGAUUCGAGGUCUUGCGGUGUUCAUUUCGGACAUCCGUAACUGUAAAAGCAAGGAAGCAGAAAUUAAGCGCAUCAAUAAAGAAUUAGCGAAUAUUCGUUCUAAGUUUAAAGGAGACAAAACCCUUGACGGGUAUCAAAAGAAGAAAUAUGUUUGCAAGCUACUGUUUAUCUUCUUACUUGGACAUGACAUCGAUUUCGGACAUAUGGAAGCAGUAAACCUUCUGUCGUCGAAUAAAUACUCCGAAAAGCAAAUUGGGUACCUCUUCAUUUCGGUACUACUGGAUGAAGGCAAUGACCUGAUGCGUCUGAUUGUGCAGAGUGUCAAGAAUGACCUUUGUGCCAGAAACCCCAUUCAUGUUAAUCUCGCGUUACAGUGUAUCGCAAAUAUUGGUUCCCGUGAGAUGGCGGAAACGUUCGCUAACGAGAUACCUAAGCUUCUAGUCAACGGGGACACCCUAGACGUCGUUAAGCAGAGUGCAGCUCUAUGUUUAUUGCGGCUCCUUCGCGCGAAUGCAGAUGUCGCACCAUCGGGGGAGUGGACGACUCGAAUUAUACAUCUGCUCAAUGAUCCUCACCUUGGCGUUGUCACUGCUGCUGUCAGAAACAUUUGCAUUUUGUCGAUAUUUAGUUUGAUCGAUGCGCUAGCAAAACGUUCCCCUGAAGAAUACAAGGCCUGCGUCAGUCUGACAGUUUCGAGGCUAAGUCGCAUUGUCACAGCAUCGUAUACGGAUCUGCAGGACUACACGUAUUACUUCGUGCCGGCGCCGUGGCUUUCGAUCAAAUUGCUUCGACUUCUACAAAAUUACCCACCUCCAGAAGAUCCCGGGGUGAAGGGACGUUUAAACGAAUGCCUGGAUUCUCUCCUGAACCGUGCGCAAGAACCGCCAAAGUCAAAGAAAGUUCAACACUCCAAUGCAAAGAAUGCUGUACUCUUUGAGGCCAUUUCACUAAUUAUUCACAUGGAUCGGCUGGGAGCAGCUGUUGAACCCUCCCUCCUGGUAAGGGCCUGCAAUCAGUUAGGCACCUUCCUGCAGCAUCGUGAGACGAAUCUCCGCUAUUUGGCAUUAGAGUCACUAUGUCUUUUGGCGACGUCGGAAUUCUCUCACGAGGCCGUCAAGCGGCACCAGGAAACGGUAGUGGCAGCUCUGAAGAGCGAGCGCGAUAUUUCGGUGCGUCAGAGGGCCGUAGACCUGCUGUACGCAAUGUGCGACCGCGGAAACGCCGAGGAUAUCGUCAGCGAGAUGCUCGCCUACCUUGAGAGCGCUGACUACGCCAUCCGUGAGGAAAUGGUUCUUAAGGUUGCGAUUUUGGCAGAAAAAUAUGCAUCAGACUAUUCAUGGUAUGUCGAUGUCAUCCUAAACCUAAUUCGUAUUGCCGGCGAUUAUGUCAGCGAGGAAGUUUGGUAUCGUGUCGUCCAAAUAGUAAUCAACAGAGAUGACGUUCAGGGCUAUUCAGCAAAAACGGUCUUUGAGGCACUACAGGCGCCUGCCUGUCACGAGAACAUGGUCAAGGUGGCAGGCUAUAUCCUUGGAGAAUUCGGAAAUCUAAUUGCAGGCGAUUCUCGCUCGGGACCUAUGGUGCAAUUCCGCCUUCUGCACUCCAAAUACCAUCUAUGCUCACUGCCUACACGGUGUCUGCUUCUUACGACGUAUGUGAAAUUCAUCAACCUUUUCCCAGAAAUCAAACACGAGGUUCAGGCCGUUUUAGGACAAGAUUCCAAUGUGCGGUGCGCUGAUAACGAACUGCAACAGAGAGCUGUUGAGUACCUCGCAUUGAGCCAGGUGGCAUCACAGGAUGUCCUGGCGACUGUUCUCGAAGAGAUGCCUCCGUUUGCUGAGCGUGAAAGCUCGAUUUUGGCAAUUUUAAAAAGAAAACGACCCAACAUGACUGAAGGUGUCCAGGCAUCCGCUAAAGAAAAUAUUCGGGCAGCACAGGAUAUACUGCCAGCUGCCCCGCCUCCAACGGACAACGGGAGCGCCGCUGUAAUGGCGGACUUGCUUGGACUCGGGGAUGAAGUGACGCCUGUUAAUGCUCGACCUGUUGCUGCAGAAGCUGAAGACCACCGUACGACUCCUCCAGUAUCACUGGGUACAACGAACGAAGAGGGCCUUGCUAAACUCGCACUCAAAAACCAGGGUGUCGUAUUUGAAAAUGACAUCCUUCAAAUUGGGGUUAAGGCCGAGUUUCGACAAAGCUUGGGACGACUCAGCGUCUUCUACGGGAAUAAGAGCCCAGUACGAUUAAACGGUUUUGUCGCUGCUCUUGCGUCGAAUAGCCUUAACGGUCUAACAGCGAUGGCAUCAGAAGUCGACCAGACGGUGGAGGCAGAAGCUCAGGUUGAACAAACCAUCAACGUCGAAGCGACAGGAUUCCAAGUGGAUAAACCACAGUUGAACAUCACAUUCACAUAUUGUGGCGUACCGCAAAAAUUCAUGGUACAACUGCCGGUGUUCUUGCACAAGUUCCUCGAAGGAACAAUAAUGAACGCGGAAGCUUUCUUUAUACGCUGGAAAAACCUGACGAAUCCCUCUCAAGAAGAGCAACGAAUCUUUCGUGCAAACGGACCACAGACGGACGAGAGCCUUAAGUUAUCCGGUUUCGGCUUUGGUGUCCUACAAGGGGUCGAUCCAAAUGCCGAUAAUCUAGUCGGAGCAGGGAUUCUCCACACCAAACAAGGACAGGUUGGCCUUCUGCUAAGGCUGGAGCCAAAUCGCAACGCUGGGAUGUAUCGGUUAACUGUCCGAGCCAGUAGGGAUGGAGUCGCCCAACUUAUUGUUGACGCCCUAGAGCCGCACUUUUAAGGUGGCAGCAUGAUGCAUGUUUCGGAUUUCGGCGCUAUGCACACAGAUAUCUGAAAUGUAUGUACCACCCACUGAUAUCAUGACGGAUAUUGGCUGAAUGACAGUGAUCACCCUUCGAGCCUAGUAAACGCCGAUCAGUAUCUAGAUGCCGUAAUCCAUGCAUACGAUGUUAAGUAAGGUAAACGCAAUGCCUCUCUACAAAACCAUUGAUGUUAAUAGGGGCAGCCCAUUGAAUUAGAUAACCGUUUCAAAUCAGUGCUUCUGGUGAAUCUCCGAACAAACGAUUGACUAAGACAUUACAAAUGAUGUUCCUUUCUAAACACUAGGGUGAGCGAUGUUACUUACUAAAUAUCUUUUCCGAUUGCUUCAACAUAUUUGUACUUGUGGGCAUUAAAGGAGACGGAAACGAAUUCAUUUAAUUGAAUAAAAUACCUUGCGUGUCUAACUUUCGAAUAUAAGGCAAGUUAGCAUCAUGCCACUUCCUGGUGGACUUCGCUUAGUUAAAGUGAGAACCAUGCCUCCUGGCCGGUCUGUACGUUUGAACAAACUCAUUAGUCACGCUCGUAGCCAGAGCUCGUAGUUAUAUGAGGAGAAAUCGACACGCUAAAAAAGACUAUCUUCGAACAUUCAGGAAGAAUGGGUAGCAAACUAAGGAAAAUAACCGAUAAGAAACAUCUACAGUAAAAAUCUCAGGUCUGGUUAAUGUAUGACCUACGCAAGUUGUUGAAGUUCUGCCGUAAAAUACUGAACAAGUCUUUAUCGAGUUGCGUUGUGGUAGGUGGCUAGAUGGGUCGAGGUGUCUCUUACGUAACGUUAAAAGCAGCAAGCCGUGUAUGUGUCCAUAGGCGGCCUAUGCUGUCGCCACGCGUGAACUCGGGAUGCUCGAAGCGCCACAGUCAAGCAGCAAUAAGAUGAAGACAGAGCUAAGAUCUCGUAGAUGACACUAGGAUACUGAAGAUACCCAAUUUAUAAAGUCCUUUUCACCAGAAUAACAUAUUCGUCUGCCUAGGAACGCCUUCUUGACUACCCGAACGGAACUACUGCAACUGAAUGCACUUGUGGUUUAGGUAGACCUGUACAUCGAUGAUAAUAUUAACAGAUUACAGAAGAGACAUAACGAUCUAUCGAAUCUGUCCCGUAUAAUGUAAGCCCCAAUGCAGAAGCAACACAUAAAAAAGUAAUGGCUAGUUAACGUGAGCCAAUUGUUGGAGAAGCUAGUAGUAAUAAGGAUAAUUAUUAUGAAUUGAUAAAACAUGUGUAGCUAAUACGCGUCGUUAGAUAAUGCCUUAGUGAUGACGAUAAUAAGCAAAUAAACUAGAAAACAAGAGGAGACAACUAGAAAAAUAAGACAGAAGUAGAAAAACUGAGUUAAAUAUCUAAUGCUAUACUAUUAGUGUUAUAAUUGCGUUACUGUUCAGACAUACCGUAUUACGAUACUAUUACGAUAUUAUAUAUAAAUAACAAACAGAACAAGCAGCAAAAGCAAUUAACAAAACGAGACUGCAUAUUAAGAAAGAGUACGAAAUUGAAUCACUGCCGCCACCGCUACAUAACUGCACACGAGGCAGAAUAUCGAACGUGACAAUUACGAGCGAAAAAGGCACGGCCCGAAAAGCUUCCAGGGGAAAACAAUUCCACAUCAAAACCUAGAACAAAGAAGCUAUAUACGAACGAUAAUAACAACCAUAAUAAUAAUAUAUAAAUUACAUAACGAUAACCAAUAAUAUAUCAACAACAAAAUUAACACCGCAAAGAAGUCCUAAUUAUACUGAUAUAAAUUAACCACCAGUUUGUUAGAAUGACGUCCGCACAACGUAACGAACGGUCAGUCUUUUAUUAGUUAGUUGGGACCUUUGCCUGUCUAAUCUACUAUAAACCUUCACACGCGACCCUGACAUGAGAACGUUCCCUACUAUCAUUUAACUAACCUUUAUAAAAUACACACACACAUUGAUAGACAUAGGCAUUAUAAUGAUGUGAACUAUAAGAUAGCAGCCAAGCAAACAUAUGAUGGCCAAAAAACAAGGUCAAAAGAAAAACGAGGGCCCACCCUUAAACGAAACCCCCUUCCUGCUUCUCAUAAGAACUCGCGAAACCCUCCUCUGCUAUUUAAGGUACUAACUAUUAUGACGAAUCGUGAUGACCGGUAAUAAUAAUAUAAUGAUGAUGAUAAUCAUAUGAUACAAGCGCAAGUGAAGCUUGAGUGAGUCAUUCCUGUCAACAUUUUUUUAUUAUUUCAGUGAUAUUUAAUGGAAAACUUUAUCUACGAUAAUUAUUUUUGCCAUUAUUCAUACACAAAAAAGUGAAAAGAGUUAUCAUAUGUACGCAAACUGUUAAUACUAUUAUUACGUCUAAGAGUGAUAUUAACAGUGAUACCGACUCUGAACGCGUUGUUGCAUUGAAGAUAAUAAACAACCACAGAGCUGAAGAUGCUCGAUCGGGUAGCCUCUCUCCCAUUAAUAGCGAACAGCUGAAAGCUGAUGCAGUAGAUAAAAUUAAACGUGGAAACACUAUUAUCAUAUUUAAAUAAGGAUGUAAUAAAAGGGAGCAAACAUGCGUGACUGAAAAUGCUAAUACAUAGGUGAUGGUACAAGGAUAUUAAUUAUUAUUAUUACUAUUGAUAUAAUAACAAUAAUAAUGUAAGU